AUGACUAGUACUGCUAAUGAGAGCCCAAGUAGAUUCGGGCAGAGUCCAUUUACGAUCGACCUACUGCGCCAAUUACAGGAGAGUAUCAUGCAGAGCCGUCUUCACAAUCCGCAACUAGUCAAUCAGUCCUCAUUCAAUCAAUCAACGCUACAGUUGAAUCAGUUGGCAACAGCAACGCUAAAUUUUAAAAAGGACUUUCCUUCACAUAAUUUUGACGCCUCAAUUAGAAGCAGUGGUGUCAGUGCUUCUUCCAAUACCAACCAUUCAACAUCUACGGAAAGUGGUGCAAACACUCCGAUAGAUGAAGGGGACCUCACAAAACCCCCCUAUUCCUACAUUGCCCUCAUUGCCAUGGCAAUUAAGAGUACCCCGGAAAAGAAAAUUACCCUUAACGGAAUCUACAAUUUCAUAAUGGAGAAUUUCCCCUACUAUCGAUUUCAUCGACAGGGAUGGCAGAAUUCAAUUCGUCACAACUUAAGCUUAAACGACUGCUUCGUCAAAUUAGGGAGGGAUAAAUCUCAACCUGGAAAAGGUAACUACUGGACAGUUACUGAUGGAGCUGAAGACAUGUUCGAACACGGAAACUACAGGAGACGAAAGCGUCGAUCUCGUAUCCAAGCACAUAAAUCCGAUGAUGCGAAAAAAAGGAUCCAGUCUUCUAUUAGGACGCCCACAGACUCCUUGAAUCAGUCAUCCUUAGUCCCUCCUCCACCUCCUUCUCAAGCCUAUCCGGUUCUCAUCCCCUUUUCCUUCUUCCCUCCACCCCUGGGAUUUCAUUCGCAAAAUCUCCAACAAAAUAUACCUUUUCCACUGCAAAACCAACCCUCUCAAUUGCCUUUUCCCAGAAUUUUAAAACAAACACCGUCCGAUCAAAUAUCACCACCUCCCAGUGAAACAGCUGAUCGUCCUGGAAAUAGCUUUACAAUAGCCUCCAUAAUUGGCUCUUCAUAG